AACUUUCCCCAAAGCUGCAAGUCUCGGCAGGACGGUCAGGACCGGAAGGGCCUGUGUUCCUGGGACCCCUGCACCCUGGAACCCUGCUUCGACCCAGGACCCGCUCCCAGCCCGGGCCAGAGCUGCCGCCCCUCCCCCACCCAGGGGCUCCGGUUUCAGACCCUGUGACCGGGGCAGCAGCUGCCCAGGACAGGGUGGGGGGGCAUCCCUCCUCUGACCAAGGAGGCCGCUCCCCUGGGGCCUCCCUUCCCCCACUUUGCCACCUCCUUCCGCCAGGUCCCUCCUGGAUCCUCCACGGAUCCCCCUGGUACAGGUUUUGGGGGCACAGAGAGGCUGAAACCACACCUCCUGCCAUCCUUCUGGCUGCCUCUUGGAGCCCACCCAGCCCAGCCUGACCAAUGUCCACAGCCCGGGAGCAGCCCAUCUUCAGCACAAGGGCGCACGUGUUCCAGAUUGACCCGGCCACCAAGCGGAACUGGAUCCCAGCGGGCAAGCACGCACUCACUGUCUCCUACUUCUAUGAUGCCACCCGCAAUGUCUACCGAAUCAUCAGCAUUGGGGGUGCCAAGGCCAUCAUCAACAGCACUGUCACCCCCAACAUGACCUUUACCAAAACCUCCCAGAAGUUUGGACAGUGGGCAGACAGUCGUGCCAACACUGUCUAUGGCCUCGGCUUUGCUUCUGAGCAGCAUCUGACCCAGUUUGCUGAGAAGUUCCAGGAAGUGAAGGAAGCAGCGAGGCUGGCAAGGGAGAAAUCUCAGGAUGGCGGGGAGCUCACCAGUCCAGCCCUGGGACUCACUUCCCACCAGGUGCCCCCAAGUCCUCUCGUCAGCGCCAACGGCCCCGGCGACGAGAAACUGUUCCGUAGCCAGAGCGCGGACGUCCCCGGCCCCGCAGAGCGCGAGCGGCUCAAGAAGAUGCUGUCCGAGGGCUCCGUGGGCGAGGUGCAGUGGGAGGCCGAGUUCUUCGCGCUGCAGGACAGCAACAACAAGUUGGCGGGCGCCCUGCGAGAAGCCAACGCCGCCGCCGCCCAGUGGAGGCAGCAGCUGGAGGCCCAGCGUGCAGAGGCCGAAAGGCUGCGGCAGCGGGUAGCAGAGCUGGAGGCCCAGGCAGCCGCGGAGCCACCCUCAGUCAGUGAGAAGGAAGGGCCAGGCCAGUCACUGGAGCAGCUGGAGGCGCUAGUGGAAACCAAGGACCAGGAGAUCCAGACACUGAAGAGUCAGACCGGUGGGCCUCGCGACGCCCUGGACGCCACCGAGCGCGAGGAGACGCAGCAGAAGGUGCAGGACCUGGAGACCCGCAACGCCGAGCUGGAGCACCAGCUGCGGGCAACGGAGCGCAGCUUGGAGGAGGCGCGGGCCGAGCGGGAACGGGCACGGGCUGAGGUGGGCCGGGCCGCACAGCUGCUGGACGUCAGGCUGUUUGAGCUGAGCGAGCUGCGGGAGGGCCUAGCCCGCCUGGCAGAGGGCACGCCCUGAACCUGGCUGCAGGGUCUGCGUGGGAGCCGGGGCCUGCAGGAGCUGGUUUUAUACGCAGGAUUCCCGCCUGGGGCACGAGCCGGGCCGCAGGCGGCACAGUGGGCCGUUCACCCUGGCAGGGACUGGGGGCCUAACUCAGCCCGGGGAGGGCCUGGCCAUAAUGCCUCAGCUGGCCCUGGCCGCUCACAGCUCAGGGGCUGUUUUGGGGCUUUUCGUUGUGUAGAAUUUCUAGAAUCCCCAGGGCGCGUGCUGGUGCCCACAUUACAUUUCUAAGAGUGGCUGUGCCUGUGUGUGUUGUGUGGGCACCCAAGCAUCUAACCGCCGUCCCUGGACCCCUCUACCUGCUUCCUCUGCGAUGCACCUCGGCCGCCUUCGGGCUGUGUAGGGCUUAGUGAACCACUUGCCAGUGAGGAGAGGGAGUUUCAGAGCCUGACGAGCAUGCCCAGGCCACACAGCCAGGAGCCUGGCUCUGCCCAGCAUAGCUGUCCCUACCUACCCCGGGCUCAGCUCACGUCUGGACCGGUUUGCCCUUAGGUGGCCCUUGGUUAAGCACCACCCCCCCCUUUACUCUGGCUAGAAACCCCAAAUCCCACCAGGUGAGCAGAUAGAGAAGCUCCUAGAACAUGGUAGUGUUCACUACACAUGGGAGUCAUUUCACUGAACCUGACGGCUGUGUUUGGAGAGGGGUGCCAUUGGUGUGCCCAUUUUCCAGAUGAGGGAACUGAGGUUCAGAGAGGGCUUCUCAAACCCAGGGUCACCUGGCCAGAAUGGCCAGCACUGCAGUUCAAAGCUUUGGGCCUGGCCCGAUGGGAAUGGAGAACUGGGGCUGUGGUGGGGGCGACAUGAUGUUCUAGGGGACUUGGGAAGCACCAGCAGCUGAACCCUCCUCCCCUGCCCCCACUCCCACAGAGUCGGAUGGGGAAGUGGAGAGACCC